AUGGCGGCUGCUGCGGCUACGGCGGCGGCCUCUUCGGCCUCUGGCUCUGGGGGCCCUCGAGAAGAGGCCGAGGCUCCGAGCGUGGCUUGGAAUGAGUCCCAGCUCCGUAGCUAUAGCUUUCGGACCCAGCCCAUCCCGCGUCUGAGCCAGAGUGAUCCUCGGGCCGAGGAGCUCAUCGAGAGUGAGGAGCCUGUGGUAUUGACUGACACAAACUUAGUGUAUCCUGCCCUGAAAUGGGACCUCGAUUAUCUACAAGAAAAUAUUGGCAAUGGAGAUUUCUCAGUGUAUAGUGCCAGUACCCACAAAUUCCUGUACUAUGAUGAGAAAAAGAUGGCUAACUUCCAAACUUUUAAACCAAGGUCCAACAGGGAAGAGAUGAAAUUCCAUGAAUUUGUAGAGAAGCUACAGGACAUACAACAGCGGGGCAGUGAAGAGAGGUUGUAUCUGCAGCAGACUCUCAAUGACACAGUAGGCAGGAAGAUUGUCAUGGACUUCUUGGGUUUUAACUGGAACUGGAUUAAUAAACAGCAGGGAAAGCGUGGCUGGGGGCAACUGACCUCCAAUCUGCUGCUCAUUGGCAUGGAAGGAAAUGUGACACCUGCUCACUAUGAUGAACAACAAAACUUCUUUGCUCAGAUUAAGGGCUAUAAGCGAUGCAUCCUGUUUCCUCCAGAUCAAUUUGAGUGCCUCUAUCCGUAUCCUGUGCACCAUCCCUGUGAUAGACAAAGUCAGGUGGAUUUUGACAAUCCUGACUACGAGAGGUUUCCCAAUUUCCAGAAUGUGGUUGGCUAUGAGACAGUGGUUGGCCCUGGUGAUGUUCUUUACAUCCCUAUGUAUUGGUGGCAUCACAUAGAAUCAUUACUGAAUGGGGGAACCACCAUCACUGUGAACUUCUGGUACAAGGGGGCACCCACCCCUAAGAGGAUUGAAUAUCCUCUCAAGGCUCAUCAAAAAGUGGCCAUAAUGAGAAACAUUGAGAAGAUGCUGGGAGAGGCCCUAGGGAACCCACAAGAGGUGGGCCCCUUGUUGAACACGAUGAUCAAGGGUCGAUACAACUAGCCUGCCUGAAGCCUGAGGCCUCCUUCUGGGUGACUGCCAACACUCCCAUCCCAUCCCAUCCCAUCUCGUCCGGUUCACGCUGCUUCGUUGAUGAGGACUGGAAGAUCCAGAAUGAUAGUAUUGCACGCAGCACUUAACAGACUGGGUUCCUGCCCCUGCCUCCCAGGGCAGGAGUGUGAGGUUAGGUGGAGCAAUUAAGCAACCCACCCUCCUCUGCUCCCAGCUUGAGUGAUUUCUUCCUUUCUUCUGUUUCUACUCCCCCAUUCCCCCCACCCCCCAAUUCCUGCAUUUAGUGUGGAGUUCCAGCUCUGUGUCAUUGUCUGUCUGUCUAUCUUUGUGUCCUUCCCCCAAGACCCCUGAGGCUGUGAUGGAGCUCCCAUCACUUGGCAUGAUGUCCUACAGCCUCACUGCCAUGGUCUGGGUAGGGGAAGGAGCCACGUCUACCUGGAUCAUGUUGGCAUCUUUGAAUGGAUUUUGUUGACUUGAUGACUAGUCUCCCAGGCUCCUGGAACUGCUGGGUGUUUCAGCCUUUCUUGUCCCCAUUCUGGCUAGAUACUCUUUCUGUACACAACAGUCUAGUUUGAUUUGGUACAGCAUGGGUGUAUCUUGGGUACCAGAAGGAGGAAGGAGCUACCUGGCUUGUGUGUGUACAUCCUUAUUCCCAUACUUUGGCCAGGAUCUGCCUCCCAACACUCCCCAGUCUGACUUUGCCAAUCCUGGCUGUGCUACAGGACAAGGAGCUGUCUGGCCUGAGUGUGCCUCUGUUCUGAUGGCCACACUAUGGCUGAAGUCUAUCAACCAAUACUCCACAUGCUGACUUUAUCCACUUCCACUGGGUACUACUGCAGGGAAGUUGCUGCCUGACCCACCAAGAUGAUUUUUAAUUUGGUUUUUCGCCUAUUAAUUCUGGCUGGGCCUUGCUGCAACAAGCUUGAGGUUUAUCAGGUAAAACCUCUGGGGCUCAGGAAUCCCCUGCCUAGCCCCUUCCUUUUGGGUUGAGCUUCCUCACUUUCUUGCUCCCAACUAGCUGCUCUCCCCUAGAGACAAUGGGAAGGUCAAUGAUGGGAGCAGUUGACCCUAGGAUCCAAGAGGUGAACUGGAGCCUUCCUGUCCUUGAGGGUGAUGAACCAGAGCCCUUGCCAUCUCUCCUACUUCUGGAUAUACAGAUGCUCCAAACCUCUGAAAGCCCCUCAAGAAUCAAGGUAGCUACAGCCACCAGGAACAGGCUUUUCCUUGAUUGUCUUGAGCAACAGGGCUGCCCUUUUGCAGGAAAUCUUCCUAGAAGCAGUAAGGGAGGAAACCUGUUUUAUUUUUUCCCUUUUUGCCAAAGGUUUAACUCUUCAGUGUCUGAGCAAUGGUUCUUGUCCCCAGAAGCUCAGCUUAUAAUGCACUGAUGGACUGGUGUAUGUAGGGGAGGGGGUGUUUACUUUUGUAAAUCCCUGUGCUUUCUAUGCCUGCCCUGGUGUUCUCUGUGAUGGGGACAGGGUGUGUGUGAGUGUGGAAGACACGGUACCUUCUCUAGUGUAGUUCUUUCAAUAACAACCAAUUUUGGGAAAUGA